UUGUGUUCAAUUCCACCUGUGGGUUUCAAUGUCUUCUGAUCUCUUUGUAUUUGAUGACUCUUUCUUUAAUGACCCCUUCUCUCCUUUCUCUGACACAUCCAUUGAUAUCCUUCAAGCAAUUCCAGACAACCAACACACAGUUCUUCACAACAACACUCUUGAUGAAACCAAUUCUUUUGACAGAAUUGCCCCUAACUUUCUGUCUUCUUCACCCCCAAGUCACCAACUUGAAAAUCUUUCUCUCUACCAAGCAACUCAUUUGCAGAAUGAUUCAAAUUCCGCAAACCCAUAUGGAGACUACUCUACUUUGGAGGUGAAAACAGAGGAAUGUCAAUUGGCUUUUCACCUUCCUAAUAGCUAUCAGUCCUUUGGGCCUCACAGUUAUGGUGGUACUGAAAAUGCAAUGAAGAUGAUGCAGAGGAACAACUCUUUCAAUGGAAAACAUGAAUUUUUGUUUCAAUCUUGCUUUGAUGGUCUCAUGGAAUCUCCAAAUUUUCAGCCCCAAAUCAUGAGCCCACCUCAAAACAGCUUCUCCCCCGGACAAAUGAGAAGGGUUUGCAGUACAGGAGAUUUACAAAUAGUGAAAGCAAACCAAACAAACCAUAGGAUGUCUUCGAGUCCAUUAGCUGCAGAGAGCUCAUUCAUGGAGGAAGCAAAUUACAAAGUGGGACGUUACAGUGCAGAAGAGAGGAAGGAGAGGAUUCACAAAUACAGAGCAAAGCGCACACAGAGAAACUUUAACAAGACAAUUAAGUAUGCAUGCCGGAAGACAUUAGCCGACAACCGGCCUAGGGUGCGUGGCAGAUUUGCACGCAACGACGAAAUGGUGGAGCUUCCAAAGGUUGCAGCUUUUAAUCAAUACGAAGAAGAAGAUGAUCAUUGGGUUGAUGGAUUCAAUUUAGAAGACAACGAAGUAACAGAGGGAAGAGGACCAUUUUACAGCGGUUUCGUGGGAGGAGGACCAUUUUUCAGCAGUUUAGAUGUAACCCACUUUUAG